CUUUUGCGGGAACCCCAAGGACAGAAAUAAACCAAUCUUUGGUUCUCCAAGCUUGUUACGGUAUACCUUAUUAUACGAAGUCACAGUACCGGUGUUAUUGAUUAUCGGUCAAACUCGUAUCCCGUAAUUGCCCCUCGCGAUAUGGAUUUAUAUACCUGUUAUUCCCUUAUCAGAUACACACGUAUUUCUGUAUUUAUAUAUAUAUAUAUCCGAUAUAUAUAUUUACAUGUACACAUGCAUCCUCAUCCGUAUCUAGUUGAAAUUUUUCGAUGUAUGGGUUUCCCAUUUAAUUUUUCUCGGUAAAAAUUCAAAGUUGCAUAAUAUCGUAAUCUACAGAUACACGAACAUUCGUACUUAAUGACAUACCUGCUGCAAUAAGCGGAAUUACUUCUGACUAAUCAAUGGUAGUGCGAUAGAUCUCAUUCAGAACUGAGAGAAAUAUAGAGAAAUACAUUACGUACGGCGGUAGACUUUAUUAUUGUAUUAUAUACACCUCCUAUUCACUGAGUCAUCGCGGCUAUAUUUUUAUAAUUGCAGCAUAAGUUCGGUCUGAAUCAGAAGCAGGAAACAUAAGCUCUUGUUUCUACACAUUAUCUACUGUACGGUUAUCGGAAUUAAGGAUAAGACGAGAUCAAAGAGAAAUAAUUUGUUUCUUUUUCUUUUUUCUUCUCUGAUUUCUUUCUCUUGUAUUUUGACACGAUUCGUAUUUCGGUUUCGAAUUAUGGAGGUACAUAAUUAUACCAGAGGCACUCGUUUAUCGCAGCCGAUUUUUUUUUAAUUCUUCUUUCUUUUGAUUUCUAAUCUAUAUGAAAGAUGUUUCAAAAUAUCCUUUGUACGAUCAGCGCUUUUACAAUACGCACUUAAAUAGUUGGGAUGUUUGGAUUUAUAUUAUUCGUUACAUAACGUAAUAAUAAAACGUCAGUCGCGUUUUUCUUUCAAUUUCUUUUUUUUGAUUUUUAUUUUUUCCCACAAUUAUACCAGUUUUAUAAUUCGUAGUGUCCUCGGAUAAUAAAAAGAGAGGAAUGAAACGAAACGAGAAAAAUAAAGUAAAGAACAAGACCGGUAUUACCUUGUAGUGUAUUGAAACAUUAGCAGGAAGUUAGUAACUUUGCUAUGUGUUACGCGAUGACGAAGCAUCAGACUAUAGUACCUUGUAUACUAUUCAUAUAUACACAUGAUCUGCACGUGCUAAAAAAAAAACAAGAAUUACAAACUAUGAAAUAAUUUUUAUUCCUUCAAUAUUUGUUAUUUAUUUCGGUCUCUUUUUGGUUUUUUUUUUUAUGUCCGUGAUGAAUGUGCAUAUCCGUACAAUUGAAAUAAUUUCGGGGCAAUAUUGAUAUUGAAUAUAUGCGUAUCCUCAGGAUGAAUUGAAAGAAAAAAAAGAAGAAGAGAAUAGAAAAACGUACAAUCAUUUUGUAAAGAAAAACCAUAUAGACUGAAGUAAGUGCAGAAGGAGAAUCGCAAGUGGGUUAAAUCGAAGUGACAGUGAUCCUUGGAUGCUGUGGCCAGUGCUCGGAGACGAUGGGCUGAGGCCUACGGGACCACCAUCUGGAGUAUCAAAGCCACCUGCAAUUAUUAGCGGUUCAAAUUCCGCAGCAGCUGCAUCUGCUGCGGGAAAAGGUUCCGCAGCAGGUCACGGUGUCUCGAAAUUUGCGCCGUUGCUUUUGUGCGCACCUUGUAAACCACAGCACAAGAAAAAUCAAAAUUCAACGCAGUGGUACGUGCAGCAGCCCACGUGGCGAUUAUGGGGCGAGGAACGAGGUGACGGUGUCAUUUACACUGUUUAUCUGAAGAAAGUUAGGUACCACAGACCCACCAGAAGUUUAUCCGCAUCGGAUUCAGACGACGAAAUAUCUCAUCUGGAAUGGGAGACGGUACGGGUUCGUUUCUUGAAGGCCGGAACCGUUCAGCGUUUGGUGGAGAGUUUGGCGAACGACGACGGGGAACUGGAAUCAACCUACAUAAACGUAUUCCUGGCUACUUACCGGGCGUUCACGACGCCGAGAGACGUCCUGGAACUUUUACUCGCCAGGUACGACGCGCUGGACGAAAAUUCGACCGCUGGUACCGGGGAACAGCACAGAAAAACGCUGGUGCAAGCCCUUCACGUAUGGCUGGACGCUUAUCCCGGGGAUUGGAAGUCCCCACCGAGUCAUCCCCUUCUCCACAGACUCCUGGAUUUUACGCAUCGGCGUUUACCUUCCUCGGAAUUGGAGUUGAAAGCGAAACAUCGACUUCACUGUUUCCAGAGAGCGGACCAAAUAAUCGACUCCUGUAUGAUGUACGAAAACGGUCGUCUACCCCUACACUCUCACGGAGGCGAUCCGAUCGGCGAUUUAUGGCCAAGUUUCGCCUUCCCAGAAGUACCGCAUCGACAUUUUGCCGAACAACUGACGAGAAUAGACGCUGAAUUGUUCAAAAAACUCGUCGCUCACCAAUGUCUCGGUGCGGUUUGGUCUAGGAGGGAUCGAUCGCGGAAUCACGAAGCAGCUACUGUUUUAGCUACCGUAAAUCAGUUCAACGCUGUUUCACUCCGAGUUAUAACCACGGUCCUCAUCGACUCGAGUCUCAGGCCUCAGGAGAGGGCGAGGAUAUUGGAAACCUGGAUCGAUAUCGCCCAGGAGCUGAGGGUACUGAAAAAUUUCAGCAGUCUGAAAGCGAUCGUUUCGGGACUUCAAAGCAACCCGGUCUAUCGGCUGGAGAAAUGCUGGCAAUCCAUGCCGAGGGAAAAACACGAACUAUUCAGGGAACUCGAGAGGAUAUUUUCCGAAGAGAAUAACGCCUGGACGCAGAGGGAACUUCUGAUUAAAGAAGGUACCGCGAAAUUUGCCGAUACCGCCGGACGAAGCGAUAGACAUCUUCAGAAACUUUUUCAAAAGCAAAAUACGCAUUCAGGGAACAUCAGUUAUGGGACCAUACCGUACCUCGGAACAUUUUUGACCGACCUGACCAUGAUAGAUACCGCGAUUCCCGAUACCAUUUCCGAUGGAUUGAUAAAUUUCGACAAGCGUAGAAAAGAAUUCGAGGUCUUGGCUAGGAUUAGACUUCUCCAAGGCGCUGCUAACGCUUACAAUAUCAGCACCGAUCCCGUUUUCGAAAGGUGGUUUUACUCAGUCCUCGUUCUCGACGAUAGAGAGGCUUACAGACUUUCUUGUCAGAUCGAACCACCACCUCCGGGGAACACCAUGAACAAUCGUGGAAAGAACAAAAAACAGGGCAAUCCCGGGCACCGCAAGAACGACUCCAUCACUUCGACGUCAAGUUCGAGCAGUUCGCAAUUUUACUGCGACCUUGAAUCGCUUCCAAGUUCGCCGCACAAUUCGUUAGACCGACGUACAUCACCGUCGCAAAUGUCAAGCAGUUCGUCGAGCUCGUCUCUCCCGUCCUUGGACGUAUCCCUGAGUUCUGGAGGCGGCACAAGCUCUGGACAACAUUCCAGACUGGUUCCUCCUAACAUAAAUACAUCCAAUGGAUCCGCAGCGAAUUCCGGAAACAGCCCCAUGAGUCCGACCCAUUCGCACAAAAAUUCACCUGAUUUUUACAUAAUCAAGGUCACCAUGGAGAGCGAGAGCGUCGAGACGGAAGGUGUAGUAUUAUACAAAUCCAUAAUGCUCUCGAACAACGAGCGUACACCUCAGGUUAUAAGAAAUGCGAUGCUGAAGUUGAACGUCGAAGGAAGUCCGGAGCAUUACACGCUCGCCCAAGUCCUCCCCGAUCGUGAAAUGGUUCUUCCAAGUUCGGCGAAUGUUUAUUACGCGGUGAAUACAGCUCAUAAUCUAAAUUUCAUACUCAGACCGCGAAGAGAUAUUACUGACGGUAACGGCGAAAGCCCGAGGAACAAAAAUGGGAACCCAAUCAACCACAGGCGAUGAUAAUUAGAAGGAAAUAAUCUCUUCGUAUGAAAAGAAAAAGAAGAAAAAGAAGAAAACAAAAUAUUCCUUGGAGAAGCUAUUUCUUUUCUUUUAAUUUAGCUUGCAAAGGGAAUCGUCGUUUCUAGUCCCUUUACCACGACAUAUACACGCAGGGAUUCAAAGGCCAUUCUUCAGGAUCUCCAAGUGCAAUCCCUGACCCCAGUGCUGCAAGUAAUGAUAAUAAUAAUAAUAACGAUAACGAUGAUGAUGAUAAUAAUAAUAAUAUUUAUUAAUUGAUAAAUAAUCAUUAAUCAAUGAUAAUGAUCGGAGAGAACUGAAUUAUCUGUCGAAUGUUUACCAGUGCAUAGACUAGUGAAUGAAAACAUUUUUACCACGUUUUUACCUAAUGAACCUAAACCUAAAGUUUAAAUUUAAGAAAAUCGAAAUAAAAAAAGUAAACCUAAACUUUCAGCCCUUAAAAGGAACCCUGCGAUGAUAUGUUGAUAUUACUCUGUGAUACAUUUCGGAUCUUGCACAAUAAGUGGCACGACGAGCAGAAAAAAGAAAAGUAACGAUCUUACACGUUGUUAUAUACAUACAUACAUAUAUGUGCAUAAAAUAUAAAUGCCUCCGUACCUGCCCACUUUUGUAUACCUAUACGAGAAGAAAAACGCGUAAUCAGCUGCCCGUGCCCUCUAAUCAAUACUCAAUCGGCAAAAAACAAGAAAGGGAAACAAAGUCGAAAUAAAAUGUUGUAAAAAUUAAAAAUCACCUCUUUUCUUUAAUUAAAUAGAAACCGGGGGCCCCGCUGCCUUCGUGAUUCUCUCAUCACGUCUCGGCACGCGGGUAUUGAUGGGUGGAAAAACAUUGCUUUAACAUUGUAUCUAGACACACUUUAUACAUAUAUACACUUAUCAGGAAGUAAAUAAAUUAUUUAGAUACUAUUUAUUGAUCCCGGCCACCCGCAAGCAGCUCCGAUACAUUAACCAAAACCUAAAUGGUAACGCUGACGUUGGUUGGACGGAUGAACCACACCUUCGACUAUACAGAUAUUAUGAUUCCGAGGAAUCUGCUGCCUCGAUUUAAUUUGUGGAGAGAAUAAUAUUCCUGGCCACGUGAUUAUUUUUUUUCCUAGAGAUUCUGAUAUAAUCAUCUACGUAUACUAUUUAAAACUGAAAAUCAAAUAAUUUGAGCUUAAAAAAAAAGUAUGAAUAAAUGAAUAAAAUUGAAUUAAAAUUGAAAACUUGUCCAUGAGUAUAAUGUAUAUACAUAUGAUAGACGAAUAUCAUCCCAGUAUAUAUCGCGAAGAUGAUAUUCGCACGCGGGAAUCUAUUAUUGAAUAACAAGACGAGAAGAAUAACAAAAAAAUACUACAACAAAAUUUGUUUUGUUAAAUAAUUAUACAUUACACUAGGCAAUUUUGUACUUAUCUCUUAGCUGCUCCCUCCUUUUCCCCUCGCCCCUCUUCACCAUUGUACUUUAGAAGUAGAAUUGGAUGUCUAAAUAUGUUCGAGUGUAGGUAGAGAGUUUGAAGAUGUGAUCUGAAUUCUGAUCGGAGACUCGACAAAUUUGGAAACUGCGUUUCUAUAGAAAACGAUCUAUAGUUCAAUUUCAUUGUAUUAAUAAAAAAACGAAUUGGAUUGAUGGCCUUGAAAGUAGUUGAACUGGACGAAAUGAAAGGUGUUUCUCGAUCUGAUUUGGAUUGAAAAU